UGCUAGAGCAGACAGUAGAACAAACGCUGCCAGGAAGGAAGGAAGGAAGGUGUUCAGGGCGCUCUUAAAGGGGACGCGCCCUUUAUUGAUGCAGGGAAGAAAGGGAUCCUGACAGUGAUACAAAAUGGGAGCCAGCCUUGAUCCCUGGAGGAGAUCCCAGCCUUGGAGGGGCCUCUGCUUUGGGGGGCUGGUGCUGCUGGGCUGGUGCUGUUGGCAGAGCCAUGGAGUGGCCUCUCCUGAUCAGGUGAAGCCUCUCAUCACCAUGGAGCAGUUGCUGUGGGUGAGCGGCAGUGUGAUCGGAGAGGUGAACACUUUUAGGGUCCCUAUCAUUGCGGCGACACCUCGGGGCACCCUUUUGGCCUUCUCCGAAGCCAGGAAACAUUCUUCCUCUGACACUGGAGCUAAAUUUAUAGCCCUACGCAGGUCGCAGGACAAAGGUGCUACUUGGAGUCCAACUUCAUUUAUUGUUGAUGAUGGUUCCCUGGCAGAUGGCCUCAACCUUGGAGCUGUGGUGGUGGAUUGGGAAAAAGACAUUGUGUUCUUGGUGUAUACUCUCUGCGCUCACUACCACCAAUGCACUACAGCCAGCACCAUGAUAAUUCGCAGUCGUGAUGAUGGAGUCACAUGGAGUGUCCCCCGGAACCUCUCAAAAGAAAUUGGCACAACCAUGUUUGCUCCUGGUCCAGGCUACGGCAUCCAGAAACGUUAUGAGCCGAAGAAGGGGCGUUUGAUUGUCUGUGGCCAUGGGACAUUAACAUGGGAUGGGAUCUCCUGCCUCCUCAGUGAUGACCACGGCUUGACAUGGCGAUAUGGGCAGCAACCCCUGCAUGGGAUCCCUUAUGGCCAGGCAAAGCUUCCCAGUGAUUUUAAUCCUGAUGAAUGCCAGCCCUAUGAGCUGCCAGACGGUUCCGUGGUGAUCAAUGCUAGGAACCAGAACUUCUACCACUGCAGCUGUCGCAUUGUAGUUCGCAGUUAUGAUGCCUGUGAAACCCUCCCUCUGGAGAAUGUGACCUUUGAUAAGACUUUGGUGGACCCAGCUGUGGCUGCAGGAGCUCUAGUCAAGUCUGGCCUCGUCUUCUUUAGCAACCCAGCCCACGAGCAGCAACGCAUCAAUAUGACACUACGUUGGAGUUUCACCAAUGGCUCUUCAUGGUGGAAAGAACCCCUGCAGAUCUGGAGCGGUGCCAGCGGCUACUCCUCCAUGACGGCAUUGGAUGGACCUGCCCCUGAGGAUGUCCACAGUCUCUUUAUCAUUUAUGAGAAGGGGCGGGUUACGUCCACAGACAGUGUCUCAGUAGCCAAGAUUAGCAUCAAUGGGAAGCUCUGACUACCUUUCAGAACUUGAUCUCCUCCCUUCUUCCCAUGUGCCUUUAUCCCUCUUGAACCUUAUGACUGCCCAGUUAAGGAUAGAAAGGGAUUUGCAUUGAGACCAAGGAAAGGUGUGGAGGUCUGAGAGUUAUGAUGGAAGACCAUUGGCGGAUAACUCAGAGGAGUCCUACACAAGUGGCAGUGAAGCAAGGAGAUUGUGGGCCUGCCUUCUGUCCUCCAGUUAUGUCCUAUACUCCCUAUUUGCCUCCCCAGUGGACAAGAUUAGGCCAAGCACAUUGUCCUUUCUACACACUGGUGUUGGGCUGCCUUACUACCUCAGAAUCAUGUCUCACGAUAGAUGCUGCUAUUGAAUUUCUGUGUGGUUAAAGAUUUAUGGAGAGGAACAGGGAGCAGGGGAGAGAAUGAAAGAGAAGAAAACAAGAUGGAAAUAACAAAUGAUCAGGAGCACAUUGUUAAUUUGGUUUGGACGAUUUCUUAUCAGUGCAAUCAACUGGAAAGAAGAAAACUGAAAUUAUUUGUAAUUAAUAAAUGACAUUAAUGCACCUUUA